AUCUACAAAAUUCAACAAGACAAAAAGCAUUCAUCGUCGGGAAAUCGAUGUGGAUCAGAAGAUAUAAGUGUCAAUUAUCAGCAUGCAUUGUUGUUAUACAUAUAUAUUCACAUAAACCUACCUAAUCUUCCAAAAUACUUGACGAUUUUCCACCGCUUAAGACGUGUAAAAAACAAAAUGGUGGUCAAUGAAAAGUUCAAGGACUACGUGUCACGUGACCAUAACACACAUAGGUUCAGGGAAUUCCCUAAAUGCGGAGUUUUCAUUGGUCAAGGGAAGGCGAUUGCAGUCCAGUUAUUUGAAGUCCAUGAU